AUGCAAUGGGCUCGUCGAAAUAAUACAAGUGGACAAACAAUCAUUUCAGGUGUUAACUGCUAUGGAUUGACAAUAGAUAAUAAUGGAUAUCUCUAUGUUUCUGGCUACAAUAAAUAUGAAGUGAGAAGAUGGAAAGUGGGAGAUACUCAUGGAACAGUAAUAGCAGGUGGUAAUGGACAAGAAGGUGCAAAAGAAGUCAUCGUUGUUGUUGGUGGUCAAUGUCCAGGAAAUAGUCUAACACAACUGAGCACUCCUAUUGCAGUAGUUGUCGAUCAUUUAGGUGCUGUCUAUGUAGCAGAUUAUGGCAAUCAUCAAGUAAUGCAUUGGUCGAUAGAAGCUACACAAAUUAGUGUUGUUGCUGGUGAAAAUGGAUCGGGAGCAGGAGCAAAUCAGCUCUAUUUUCCUUGGAGUUUAUCAUUUGAUCGGCAAAACAAUCUCUAUGUCGUCGACUAUUACAAUCAUUGA